CUUGAUGACAGCCCGAUCCGAUACUCUCAAGUCUCAACCCGCCCGCUUCUGGUAAUUUUGGGAGGGGGAAAAAAUAAACGCCCGCGGGCAGUCCUAAUCUCGCUUGAUAGAAGAAGGGGAUCCAUUUUUCUUGGUCGACGCACAAGUAUUCCGCACUUGGUCGAGUUCGCCGUUGGACGCCGUCUACCGUUAUCAGCCCUGCGUGGUUGUUCUCCGGCAGUUAUUGAAGAAGAUUCGAACCCUAGGGCUUCGUCUUCCCCAAAAUUCUGGCAACACUUUUCAUGGUCAUAAAUUGCAAGAUGAAAUUGGAAGAUUAUUAAUUGUGAGAGUGUUAUCAUUGUCAUUCUUCAGUGGCUUGGAGGAGCUGCCUGAAUCAAUUAGCUUGCUAAGGCAUCUGGAGCAAAAAUUAAAAGGUUACAAGUUCCGUUGAGGUUUGUUUCCAGUGUGAUCGUAUCAGACAUGCAGGCAUCACGAGCAAGAUUGUUCAAGGAAUAUAAAGAGGUUCAACGAGAGAAAACAGCUGACCCAGAUAUUCAACUUGUCUGUGAUGAUUCUAACAUUUUCAAAUGGACAGCCCUUAUCAAGGGACCAUCAGAGACUCCUUAUGAGGGGGGUGUUUUCCAGCUUGCUUUUGCUGUUCCGGAGCAGUAUCCUCUACAACCUCCUCAAGUUCGGUUUUUGACUAAAAUAUUUCACCCAAAUGUACAUUUUAAGACAGGUGAGAUAUGUCUGGAUAUCUUGAAAAAUGCUUGGAGCCCAGCUUGGACACUUCAAUCUGUCUGUAGGGCUAUAAUAGCUCUGAUGGCCCAUCCAGAACCUGACAGUCCAUUGAAUUGUGAUUCAGGUAAUCUUUUGCGUUCAGGCGAUGUUAGAGGGUACCAGUCCAUGGCCAGAAUGUACACUCGACUAGCAGCAAUGCCAAAGAAGGGCUGAAUUAUUUGAGAAUCCAGAGAACUCGUUCCUUGUGUAUUUCUUAGCUGCAGGAAAUGGUCCUGCGUAAAUAUAUGGAUGUUAUGUGUGAUGUGUUAAUACCCUCAGAUGUUUUAAGGUAGCCAGCAACUGCUACGGGCAGUUCUUCGUCUAUAUUCACUUCAAAUUAUAGAUUUCAAGACACGAGCAGAUGAUUCUCAUGGUG